GUCAAAAAGGCUUCAGUUUUCCCACUGAAUCUUUUAAAGAUGGUCGUCUCUGAUCAAACAAAAAAAUAUUGUCAGAUUUUCAUAAAUAAAUAUAACAUGGUUUAUGAUAUACAGAGUAAUUGACUGGAAAUCCAGGUCAAUUCACAGGAAGAAUGAACUAUACUCUAAAAAGACAUUUUCAUAGUAUUUCAUUAUUAUUUCUGCAUACAUGUAGUAUGCAGAAUAGUAUGUGACCCAUGUAAUUGUGAUUCUGAGAAUGUAAAUAUCUGCUGCUAUUCUUAUUGCCUCCUGAACAGAGGUGGGUAGAGUAUCCAAAAUCUGUACUCAAGUAAAAGUACAAGUACUAAUGGAAAUAUUUACUCAAGUAAGAGUAAAAGUAACAAUCUUAAUAGUUACUUGAGUAAGAGUAAAAAAAGUAUCCGAUGAAAAAACUACUCAAGUAGUUAGUUACUAGUUACUUCUCAUCUGAUUGAUAUGAAGCAAAAACCCUGAUUUUCAAACUACUUGGAGAGCUUUCACACACCUCUCCAUAUAUAAUAUAUGAUUAAUGGUUUAAUGAUGUAAAUGAAUGAUGUGCUGGGCUAACCUGCUCUUCCUUUUAAGAUUAAUAUACUUUAUUCUUACAUUUGGUACAUUUUAUAAGUACAUGAAUUCUUUAGGUAGGGAUAAAACUAAAUAUAAUCCCGUUUUUAUUUUGUAUAUGUUCUACACUUUAGUGGUAAAAAAAAAAAAAAAAAAAAAAAACUUUGAAAAAAAUCAGUGCUAACAUCCUUGUGAGAUUUCACCAAGUAAUAAGUUUUUGUUAAUACUAAAUUCAUUGAUUGUGCUCACUCUACAUAAUUCAGUCAAGUAAUUAGAAACUAAUUAAUUUUUUUUUCAAGUUUUAAUUAAGCAAUGGCAUCAUAUUUUGUUGACAAACUAUACAAAAUAUUGUUUCUUAAAUCUGACUGACCACAAAUUCCCUUUUUUUCAGUGUAGACAAAGGUACAAACUGCAAAAUGUCUACAAUUCUGGUGUACUAUAGUAUAUAAUCUAGUAUUAUUGGUGUUCUUCAGUCCAACUUUUAAGGAACUACAAUUUUUGUCACCUAGUGAAUCCAGACCUUGUGUGUGUGAUGACACAUGAUGUAUGUCUGAAAUGUAUCCCAAAUCAGACAAAACAGAUUUGGAUAGCCAGGAUGACUCAAAUAUUACACGCAGAAGCUUGACAUUAAGGUUUCAUAAUGAAACAUGAUGAAAAUCAAAUGUUCAAAAUAUAACUACCAUAUCAGUCCCAUGACAGGCCAAAAUAUUCAGGAAGUUUUUAAAGAGUGCUCUCACUCACACUUAAAUUUAGGUCAGAUGGGGUUAUUGGAUGUCCCAAAAAAGCCCACUUUCAUGGGUCAUCAGUACAUCCUGGGCUAUGGGGAGUCUCCUGAUUUUCACCAUUGAAUGGACUUCAACAAUUGCAUCAGAUCUUGUCAGAUGUUCCUCCCAGUAAGUCAAUCAAAAUGAUGGUUUUUGUGCCCUACUUUAGAACAUCUUAGCAAAUCAAUGUCAAUCAAUUAAUGCUUUGAAGCAAUUUAUAGAUGCAGCAUGAAAAGUGAAUGAGGGUCCACCAGGAGAUUCAGUCAUAUAAAACAGAAUGGAAGACAUGCCCCAAGGACUACCCACCUGAUUAUAAUUCUAUUAAUCUCCCCAGUCUGGGGGAAUAGCAUAAAAAUCACUGGAAUGUCAGUGAAGAUGCUUAAACAUAACUAAAUGGAAAUGUCAAAAAUCACAGUUCCAUACAGUUCUUAAAUGGCUUCUCAAGGCUUAAAUAGCAAGCAUUUAGAGCAUUCCUUGUUGUUUCAGCAUCUAUACAACAGUACAGAGGAAAUACAGUAUAAGAAUAUACAGCAGACCUAAUUUGGCCAAGACUUAUGAUCAAGUUAACAGACACCUGCAUCAACAUCUCAAUGAUAUCCACUUUGUGUACAUCGCGGGGGCUUACAGAGGAACUCGGUACGUCCUGUGGACUGCAGAGCACAGAUUGAGUAUGCAACAUUCGUGGCUGGCUCAAGCCCAUUAUCAGAAAAGGCUUCGUGUAGCGGCUACACGAAGCCUUUUCUGAUAAUGGGCUUGAGCUAAUACACUAUAGCCCAACCUUGUGGGAUUAACACAUCAUUAAAGGCUGGCUUUAACAACAUCAUCAGGAUGAUUUUUCCCUAAAACAGGUAACUAAAACUCAACACUAUACACUGUAUAUAAAAGCAAACUCAGGAAAAUGAAAACUCCUAUUUAGGAUAUUUCAAUAUAUGUACAAGCUGAAAUAUGUCCAAAUUAUGACCAAACCCAGCUCAUGUCUGAAACUCACUAUUAACUAAAAUCAGACUCUGCAACCCUAUUGUCACCUCAAAAGGGCAGUGGUUCUGUUUUUGCAUGAGAUAAAAGAGCUUUGACAAAGUCAUUGAAUGCAGACAAACCACUGGACCCGUCAUGGUAUGCAGGCUACAGAAUGCAAUCUGCUGACAUGGCACAACAGAAAGAGAUUCACACAAAUCCAUGUCCCAUGGCCAGUCUAUAAAGAGGCGCUGACCUGUAAAUGGGCCUCAUCUGAUCUGAACAGACUCACUAUGGGCAAGGUAAGCAUGCAUCUGUAUGACACGGUGCAGAGUAAGGAAUAGAAUGAUGUUUGGGAUAAGAAUAGAGAGAUAUUAAAAAAAAGGGAAAUAAAUUCAGACUGAAAAGGCACAAGCUGUGCAAAUUAGGUCGCAGCUGAGAUCACGUUAAUACCUGCUUUAGUAAAUGCAUACUGUACCAUAGAUAGAUUGUUGAAUACUAUUUUAUCAUGUAUGUGCAUUAAGUUUUAGUUAUCUUACUAUAUCACAUAUUAAUUAAACAUAUAUUCUGAGCAAAGAAACUCACUACUACUUUUUAACAUAGCUUUAACAUUUUUAUCAAAAGUAACAUGUCCUAUGGAUGUCAUCCAGGUUGUAUUCCCUCCUCAAAUGAAAAUAUACUUUUGUUUUGUUUUUUUCCUCAUGUUUCUAUUUUCUGCACUACUAAACAGAAGACUAAUGCUACACGUCACAUUAAUUAAUAUCAAUCAAUAGAAAAGAUGAAUUUCAUAAUCAGGAGCAGAAUAAUGCACGUACAGUUUUUAUAUAUGGUACCUGAAUACAAUAACGAUAUUCAGAUAUAGAGUGUAGUUCUCUAGAUAUCUGCUAUCUCUUUAAUCAACAGCAUUAAAUUAUGCAUGUCUGUGAAGAGAAAGUACAACAGGUUAUCCCUAACAGCAGAAUGUAACGCUAGGAAAUGUGAAUCGACAGUCAGUUAUGUUUUGUUUCUUUGCUUCAGCAUGAAAUCCUAACUAUGUGAAGUUCAAACAGAAAAAUCAAAUAUAUUUUCAGAUUAUCUUCUUCGAGGAAAAGAAUUUCCAAGGCCGUCACUAUGAGUGUAGUGGUGACAGUGCUGAGUUGCAGUCCUUCCUCACCCGCUGUAACUCCAUCCGUGUCGAGAGCGGCUGCUGGAUGGCUUAUGAGAAAUCAAACUUCUCUGGCUAUCAGUACAUGCUGCACAAGGGAGAAUAUCCUGAUUACCAUCACUGGGCAGGCUUUAAUGAUCGCAUCCAUUCCUGCCGCAUGGUGCCUUCUCACCAAGGAGACUACAAGGUCAAGAUCUUUGAGCGCUCUGAUUUUGGAGGCCAGGCCAAGGAACUGAUGGAUGAUUGCCCAGAUUUGCGCACAUGUUUCCAUAGUGGUGAAAUCCUCUCUGCCAACGUCAUGGAAGGUUACUGGAUCUUUCACGAGCACCCCAACUACAGUGGGCGCCAGUACUUCCUGCACCCUGGGGAGUACAGGAGGUUUAGCGAGUGGGGCAGUGUCAGUCCCGUUACAGGCUCCUUGAAACGGAUCACUGAGAUCAACUAAAAAGAUUUUCUGUCUAAAAUAGCAAACUAAUCAUGCCUGGUUGUCAAGUGCUUCCAGUGUGAUCUGAUCGUCUCGGUUGACUAUAGCUUGAAUGUGGAAUCAAUAUGUAACACAAAUUCAUGUUUUUUUUUUUGGCCUCUGUUUGAGCUUUACAUUAGCUAAAACAAACGUUUGCAUCUUUUGUGUGUUGACAACUUGUACGCUUACCUAGCACCUGAACCUAUAUUGCUAAAAGUGACAGUAAAUUGAAAUUAAAUUACUUUUAUACCUUCAAUUUA